GGGAAGGCUCAUAAGAGCUGGAUUUUCACCACGCGAAAAUUUACAAAUAUAUUCACAUGAUAAAGUAGGAGACACAGUUCUUUUUCCCAAAAGAUCAAAACACCGUCAACGGCCCAAUGGAUUGCCAUGGUUACCUGAAGUUGAAACGUGCGCUGUUCUAGGAAACGGUGGAAUUUUGAAAAGAAGUAAAUGUGGAGACGAAAUAGAUUCUCAUGAUUUAGUGUUCAGAUCAAAUAUGGCGCCAAUUCAAGGUUUUGUUGAAGAUGUUGGAAGAAAGACAAAUCUUACAAGUGUCAACAGUGCACGCUCAAGAGAGCUUGUCAACUGUCUUAAGAAUGCCAAAUGCCGCAAAGCAAACUUACUAUAUAUGAAUACAUACUUACGGGAUGCAAUUAUUUGGUUUUCUAAAAUACCUGCUAUUUCGGCACGUUUUUACAAGAAAUUUGUCAGCCAGCUAGGACUACAGAAUCCCGAUGUGGAUUUCAUUUAUGCAUAUCCAAAUAAACCUAUAAAGAUAGGAAUAAUAAAAUUUUUUGACGUCAAACUUCCAUCGUCGGGCCUUUAUUUAUACUCGUUGGCAGGCACUGUUUGCAAAGAAGUUUCACUUUACGGCUUCUAUCCUUUUAAUCAAACGGAAUCAGGACGAAAUCUUAGCUUUCAUUACUACAACGACCAUGAAAAGUUCCAGAACUCUCAUAAUAUGCCGAAAGAAUACAAUCAGUUGUUAACAUUAAAUCGUACCGGUGCUGUACGAUUAGUCACUAAAGACUGCAAAUAACUUACAAUGUAAGGAUUUUAACCCGUUAUAUCUCCUAUAAAUGAUCUAUUCUUCAGCUAAUUCAUGAAAUUUCUUCAAGAGAAUUGUAUUUUUAUUUUAUGAAGAAACAGACUGGAAGUGUAUUUGUAUUAGA